AAUUAUUUUAUCAGUUUCCAGGCGUUUAAGCCGUCAUUUGUUAUGUUGUGUCGUCAUCAACUCGCAACCGGAUGGGUCCCGUUGUACGCAUGCGGACUAACCCGGCUUUUGUUAUUGCAUCCCAUUCCAGUAUGGCGCUAAGCAAGACGUUUGGGCAGAAACCUGUCAAAUUCCAACUGGAAGAGGAUGGAGAUUUUUAUAUGAUCGGCUCGGAGGUCGGCCUUUCUUCAUUUUAAUCUGCCACCACUUACUCUUCUCGACAACUUUUGUUAAAUCGUCAAUUCGUCGUAUGGUAUCGUAGCUCACAUGCUAACGUUGCUCAGCGACGGUGGGCAACUACCUGCGCAUGUUCCGAGGUUCCCUGUACAAACGAUAUCCGUCCUUAUGGAGGAAGUUGGCGUCGGUCGAGGAGCGCAAGAAGAUUGUGGAGUCGUCACACGAUCACGGUUACACCCAGCUGGCCACCAGUGUCACGCUGCUCAAGGCCAGCGAGGUGGACGAGAUCCUGGACGGUAACGACGACAAAUACAAAGCCGUGUCCAUCAGCACAGAGCCCCCGGCAUACCUCAGGGAACAGAAGGCCAAGCGGAACAGCCAGUGGGUCCCCACGCUGCCCAACAGCUCUCACCACCUUGACGCCGUACCAUGCUCCACCACCAUCAACCGCAGCCGCCUGGGCCGAGACAAGAAAAGGACCUUUCCGCUCUGUUUUGACGACCACGACCCAGCGGUGAUCCACGAGAACGCCACCCAGUCGGAGGUGCUGGUCCCCAUCCGUCUUGACAUGGAGAUUGAGGGCCAGAAGCUGAGAGAUGCGUUCACCUGGAACAUGAACGAGAAGCUGAUGACUCCUGAGAUGUUUUCGGAGAUCCUGUGUGACGACCUGGACCUGAACCCCUUAGCCUUUGUGCCCGCUAUCGCUUCCGCCAUCCGCCAGCAGAUGGAGUCGUACCCCACCGACAGCAUCCUGGACGAGCAGACGGACCAGAGGGUUAUCAUCAAGCUCAACAUCCACGUGGGCAACAUCUCCCUGGUGGAUCAGUUCGAGUGGGACAUGUCAGAGAGGGAAAACUCCCCGGAGAAGUUUGCGCUCAAGCUGUGCUCGGAGCUGGGCCUGGGGGGCGAGUUUGUCACCACCAUCGCGUACAGCAUCAGGGGGCAGCUCAGCUGGCACCAGAGGACGUACGCCUUCAGUGAGAACCCGCUCCCCACGGUGGAGAUCGCUAUCAGGAAUACGGGUGAUGCCGACCAGUGGUGCCCCCUGCUGGAGACACUGACAGACGCCGAGAUGGAGAAGAAGAUCAGAGACCAGGACAGAAACACCAGGCGAAUGAGGCGACUCGCCAAUACUGCACCAGCCUGGUAGAACUGCUACUGCUUCAUCAUCGUCAUUGUCAGACCAAGAGCUCCCCCAACCGGGACCACACACGCGCGACACGGGUUCCUUAUUCUUACCCUUUUCGGUUCUCAAUCUCACACACAUACACACGGUGCAAGAAGUCAGAUAAUAUAUUUAUGUUGUAGUCAUCUUUUUGUACAUUUUAAUGAUUCUUACAAAAUAAACAAAAAACACAUUA